GUAGUCCCAAGGCAAACCCAAUCAACCCGACCUAACUAACGCCCUCCGUCUUAUCAUAGCCGUCCAUUGCCACGAUCGGGCGGCCGCGCGCGUAGUCACCGACCUUUUCGUAACAAUUCAGUUACAAUGUAGUACUAGUACAAGUCUAUUGUAGCACAGCUUCACGUUGCCGAAGCAGAGGUUGCGGUGCGGUGCCGCCGGUGCGGCUGUCACGUAUAUGCGCGCAGCGCGCAGACGAUCGAUUCGUCUGCGCAUACGAGCUGACGCCCACUACUAAAAACCCACGGAAACAACGCCACGCGCGGCGUGAGAUAGAUCGAUUCGUUCGAUCGAGGCGCGGGACUCGCCCGGUGGAUCGCGUUGCGUACGAGCGUACGAGGGAGACCGACGCUGCAGCGCACGUACACACGGGACGCGACGAGACGCUGCAGCGCAGCGCAGCCUCGCGCGCGCACGGCGAGGGGAAGAAACACGCACGCGGGGGCUGGAUCGCGCGCUGGCUGGCUGGGGGGAAGCGGCGGUUGGCGAGCAGAGCAGAGUGAGUUCCCGUUUCUUUCUUUGUGUUCCCGGGCUUUUCUCCCAUUCAUCCACGCGCCACCACGCGGAUCCUAUUCUUAGGCUCCCGCGGCCGGACCUAACCGGGGCGGUUAAGCGAGGGCCGCACGUUCGCGGGAGGCAGGCUAUGGCCACGGCCGCGACGACGACGUCGUCCACGGCAACCACCACCACCACCACCUGCUCGUCACCGUCGUCGACCACCAGCCCCAUCCACCCGGCCGUCCCGCACCGGCGGCGCCUCAACGACAUCGAGCGCGUCGACUACGCGCACGGCGCCGCGGCCGACGACUGCGCGGCCUGCGGCGGCGUCGCGCCCGACGCCGCCCUCGCGGACGACGACGAGUGCGGCCACGGGCACCCCGUCGUCGGGGCCGUCACGCCCUGCGGCGGCGGCGGGAGGGCGGCGCUGCUGUUGGCGCGGAGGAAGCGCGCGUGGGUCGUCGGGGCGGGCGGGCAGGCGUGGAUGAGGGGCGUCGUGCUGUGCCUGCUCGGCCUCGUCGCGGUCGUCGGGUUCUUGGGAUCGCACCGGCGAGGCGGAAGCGGCGGCGGUGGCGGUGGCGCAGGCUCUGGCGCCGUUGGCGGCGGCGGCGGCGACGACGGCGGGAGGCUCGUCAAGAAGGUGGAGGUGGCCGACGCCGACGUGAUGGGGUGGACGGAGGAGAACCUGACGGCUCUCACGCGCCGCCCGCCCGACCCGCCGAUACCUGAGAUAUGGAUGAAGCCAGACAGUGAGGGUUAUAGCCAAUGCAUUGAACGCCCAAAGAACCAGCGCAGGACUAACAAUGCAACUGUCGGUUAUCUAAUUGUUGAUGCAAACGGGGGGCUAAAUCAGAUGAGAAUGGGUAUAAGUGAUAUGGUUGCAGUGGCAAAGAUCAUGAAUGCAUCACUAGUAAUUCCCACUCUAGAUCAUCAGUCAUUCUGGACUGAUCCAAGUGAUUUCAAAGAUAUAUUCAAUGUUGAGCACUUCAAGGAAAUAUUAAAGGAAGAUAUUGUAAUCGUGGAUUCCCUUCCACCAACUUACAAAAGGGUGAAACCCUAUAUGAGAGCACCUACCUCCUGGUCCAGGGCUUCCUAUUACAGAGAUUUUUCAAGGAUACUAAGGAAGUACAAAGUAGUGAGGUUUACUCACACAGAUUCACGUAUAGUCAAUAAUGGUCUUGCUCCUUCCCUCCAACGUCUCCGUUGUCGUGCAAAUUACAAAGCACUUCAAUAUAGGAAGGAGAUAGAGGAGCUCGGUCGCACCCUGGUAGAUAGACUGAGAAAUGGAAUGGAUCAUUAUAUUGCACUUCAUUUAAGAUAUGAGAAAGACAUGCUGUCCUUCACUGGUUGCAAUCACAACCUGACAGUACAUGAGGCAGAUGAACUGACGGACAUGCGACUCAAAGUGAGACACUGGAAGGAGAAGGAGAUCAACAGUGAGGAGAAGCGACUCCAAGGCGGUUGUCCCAUGACUCCUCGUGAAGCUGCUGUCUUCCUCAAAGCUAUGGGGUAUCCUUCCACCACAAAGAUAUACAUUGUGGCUGGUGAAAUAUACGGCGCACAUAGCAUGGAUGCAUUAAAACUUGAAUACCCGAACAUCUACACACACUACAGUCUAGCCACAGCAGAUGAAUUAGAACCUCUUGAGUUGUAUCAGAACAGGCUAGCUGCUGUGGAUUAUAUAGUAGCUCUUCAGAGUGAUGUUUUUGUAUAUACAUAUGACGGAAAUAUGGCCAGAGCGGUGCAGGGUCACAGAAGAUUUGAAGGAUUCCGGAAAACUAUAAACCCUGAUAGGCUGAAGUUUGUAGAGCUCAUUGAUAAGCUGGAUGAAGGUUCCAUGGACUGGAAUGAAUUCCAAAGUGAAGUGAAGAAGCAUCAUGAAAACAGACUUGGAGGUCCAUAUGACAGAUUACCUGGUGAAAGUCCAAGGCAAGAGGAAUACUUCUAUUCAAAUCCUAUCCCUGGGUGCCUCUGCAGAAAGGUACAAAAGACUAGGUAAAAUAGAUUAAUCUCAAAGGGAGAUGAUUCAGUCUUCAAAAAGACAUGAAUUGUACAGUCUUCAAAGGAAAAUAGUUUCGCAGCUGCAUUAAGGAUGGAGAUGACACUUCCUCACAAGUCACAGAUUGCAUCAAAGUGGAAGUCCUAGUAAACUGACAGAGACCGGUCAUUUUGAUUAUUUAUCCUAGACUGACAACACUCGUAGUUCAGGGCGUGGGGCCAAGAAGUGCUGCAUUUUCAAAGAAAUGUUCAUCCAAGGAAGGAAGAUGAGAUUCUGAAGUAGUUGAAGAAUUAAAUGUAUCAUCGAUUAUAGGAACAGCCAGAAGGAAAACUCUUCAUGGAGGCUGAUUGUAGUUAGUCCAUACACACUUCCCCUGUUCUUGACGUUAUCUGAUUCGUUGUAGUGGGCAUCUUACAUCUGGAUGGAUUCAUAACAGUAAUGGAACAAACCACACUAUCAGUAUAGAAUGACAGACAAAUAUUUCAGUAGCUUAGGUCAGAUCAAUAAUUCUUUGUAAUCUAGCAAUGUGCCAAUGUCAUGCACAUCAGAUUAGCUUCUUGUAAAAGUAUGUUCUUUGUUGCAGUGGCAUCUGCAUCUGCACUAUCCUCUAGGAGGAAUCAAUGUGAGUUUCAGAAACAAAUUAGAAACAAAGAAA